AUGAACGUUCCUAAGACCCGUCGGACAUUCUGCAAGAAAUGUGGGAAGCACCAAUCCCACAAGGUGACCCAGUGUAAGAAGGGCAAGGAUUCUUUGUAUGCCCAGGGAAAGCGACGUUAUGACACGAAACAGGGUGGCUACGGUGGGCAGACUAAGCCUAUUUUCCUCAAAAAGGUUAAAACUACAAAGAAGCUUGUGCUGAGACGGGAGUGUGUUGAAUCCAAGUGCAGAUCUCAGAGGAUGCUGACUAUUAAGAGACACAAGCAUUUUAACCUGGGAGGCGACAAGAAGAGAAAGGGCCAAGUAAUCCAGUUCUAAGCCGAUUUUGUUAUGAAGACAAUAAAAUCUUGAC